AUGUACAGAACUUUGUAUCAGCGUGCCCAGAGCCCAAUUCGAACAGCACUAUCUUUGAGUCAACGUGCAACGUCACCCGUGCGCAUACCACCCGUAAACGCGAAGCGACAAUUUCAUAAGGCUACUCGUCGCAUACCCACAGCAACCACAGCGUCCACUCACAUUUACCGACCAUUUUCUUUUGCAUCCACGUCAGCUCUUCGUAAAAUCCCCACUACAACUUAUCGCACGAGCUAUCAUUUCUACAGUACUGUGUUAAAUGGACAAGCGGAAGGCAGCCCACACGUUUCGCCUGCGCCACCUAAACCCAAUGUCAAGAAAGUGUUGGUCGUUGGGUCGGGUGGUUUGAGUAUCGGACAGGCUGGAGAAUUCGACUAUUCCGGUUCCCAAGCGAUCAAAGCCUUGAAAGAAUCCGGCAUAGAAACCGUUCUUGUAAAUCCCAACAUUGCCACCAUUCAAACAUCUCAUGCUCUUGCCGACUCUGUCUACUUCCUUCCCGUCACUGUCGAGUAUCUCGAGUAUAUCCUGGAAAGAGAACGUCCAGAUGGGAUCCUAUUGACAUUUGGAGGACAAACAGCGUUGAAUUGCGGAAUCGGUUUAAACAAAAUGGGAGUAUUCCAAAGAUUGGGUGUGCAAGUGUUGGGUACGCCAAUUCGUACUUUGGAAAUUAGCGAAGAUAGAGAUGAGUUUGCCAAGGCUCUGGAAGAAAUCGAUAUUCCAAUUGCAAAGUCUCUUGCUGUCGAAACAGUCGACGAUGCCCUUGCCGCAGCCGAAAAAGUAAGCUAUCCUGUGAUUGUCCGCUCAGCCUUUUCUCUUGGUGGUCUCGGUUCCGGUUUUGCAAACAAUCCUGAUGAGCUUCGCGCUCUUGCCACCAAAUCUCUCAGUCUUGCCCCUCAAAUUCUUGUCGAGCAAUCGUUGAAAGGAUGGAAAGAAGUCGAAUACGAAGUUGUGCGAGAUGCCGCGAACAACUGUAUCACCGUUUGUAAUAUGGAAAACUUUGAUCCAUUGGGUAUACAUACCGGAGAUUCGAUAGUCGUUGCGCCAAGUCAGACUCUAAGCGAUGAGGAAUAUCACACGCUGCGUACGGCUGCCAUUAAAAUUAUUAGGCAUUUGGGUGUGGUUGGAGAAUGUAAUGUACAAUACGCACUUAACCCCAACAAACUGGAAUUCAAAGUUAUCGAAGUUAAUGCUAGAUUGAGUCGUAGUAGUGCUCUUGCAUCAAAAGCCACGGGAUAUCCUCUCGCCUUUGUCGCUGCCAAGAUAGCUCUCGGACACACUCUUACAGAGAUACCUAAUGCUGUGACUGGAACAACAUCGGCCUGCUUCGAGCCUUCGCUCGAUUACAUUGUUACAAAAAUUCCCAGAUGGGAUUUAUCCAAGUUCCAGUAUGUGGAUCGCCAUAUUGGAAGUCAAAUGAAGAGCGUAGGUGAGGUCAUGGCUAUUGGUAGAACGUUCGAAGAAAGUCUGCAAAAGGCCAUUCGCCAAGUGGACCCACAGUUCAAAGGCUUCCAAUCCCUCCCCUUUGCUGACCUCGACGAUGUUUUAUCCGCUCCGACAGACCGUCGUCUUUUCGCAGUAGGCAAAGCCAUGCUAGACGAAAACUAUUCAAUCGAUCAAAUCCACGACCUUACAAAAAUAGACAAAUGGUUCUUGUACAAACUGAGCAACAUGGUUAAUGUACAACGCGAGCUGCAAAGCGUCGAAACUCUUGAAAAGACAUCACCAGAGUUACUGCGUGAGGCAAAGAAAAAGGGAUUCUCGGAUGCACAGAUUGCUGGAUUUUUGAAAAAUACCACCGAAGAAGAUGUUCGAAAAGCAAGAAAGAAUCUAAAUAUCAUUCCAGUUGUAAAACGUAUUGAUACAGUCGCUGCUGAAUUCCCUACCACAACCAACUAUCUGUAUAUGACCUACAACGCAACAACCAAUGAUGUUGAAUUCACAGAUCAAGGUACUAUGGUACUCGGCUCGGGAGUGUAUCGAAUUGGUUCAUCUGUUGAGUUUGACUGGUGUGGUGUGUCUGCUAUUCGCGCUCUAAGAAGGAUGGGCAAGAAGACUAUAAUGGUCAAUUACAAUCCAGAAACAGUUUCAACCGAUUUUGAUGAAUGUGAUCGUCUUUACUUUGAAGAACUCUCUUACGAACGUGUCAAGGAUAUUUACGAAUUGGAAAAUUCUCAGGGUGUCAUUGUAUCCGUGGGUGGACAACUACCGCAGAAUAUUGCCUUGAAGUUACAUCAGGGCAAUGCUAAGGUCUUAGGAACAAGCCCAGUUAUGAUCGAUAGGGCUGAGGACAGAUUCAAGUUUUCCGAGACGUUGGAUAAGAUUGGAGUCGAUCAGCCGGAAUGGAAAGAACUGACAAGCGCCGCAGAGGCAGAGAAUUUUGCUGAGAAGGUCGGAUAUCCUGUUCUCGUACGUCCGUCUUACGUAUUAUCGGGAGCGGCUAUGAAUGUAUGUCAUACGAAGGAGGCUUUACAUAGGAAUCUGGUCGAGGCUGCUUCAGUGUCUCCACUACAUCCGGUGGUUAUCACCAAGUUCAUUGAGGGAGCCCAAGAGAUCGAUGUCGAUGCUGUUGCACAUAAUGGCGAACUUCUCGUACACGCUAUAUCAGAACACGUUGAAAAUGCUGGUGUUCACUCUGGUGACGCUACGCUUGUCUUACCGUCCAGAGACUUAUCAGACUCUGUAAUGAAACGACUGAGAGUAAUUGCUGAGAAAGUUGCAAAGGCUUUCGAAAUUAAUGGUCCAUUCAACAUGCAAGUGAUCAAGAAAGAUGUCGAAGGCGGUGAGCCAGAGCUGAAAGUAAUCGAAUGUAACCUUCGAGCGUCACGCUCUUUCCCAUUCGUCUCCAAAGUGCUUGGAGUCAAUUUCAUUGAUAUUGCUACUCACGCGCUGUGCGAUUACGACGUUCCCGCGCCAGUUGAUUUGAUGAACAAAAAACUGGACCAUCAAGCUGUUAAGGUACCGCAAUUCUCGUGGACUAGAUUGGGUGGGGCCGAUCCAUUCCUUGGUGUGGAGAUGGCAUCAACGGGUGAAGUUGCUUGCUUCGGAAAAGAUAAGUAUGAGGCUUAUUGGGCAGCUAUCCAGUCGACUCAAAAUUUCAGAAUACCCAAAUCAGGGAGCGGUAUCCUGGUUGGAAUGGAUGAAUUGACAGAUAAGGCUGACUUCCUUCAUGUCGCCAAGACUCUGCAAGGUCUGGGACAUCCAUUAUAUACAAGUUCGCCUGCAGUUGCAGAGUUUCUCAAUUCAGAAGGAAUUAACGCUACUACCGUUGAUCUGCCAUUUGAUGAUAAGAGAUCAUUGCACAAAGCUUUCGAUAGUAACAAAAUCGACUUUGUGUUUAAUUUGGCUCGAUUGCGCGCACCAGAUGAUAAGGAUGAGAAUUACUUAGCUCGACGUUCGGCUGUAGACUUUGGCAUUCCACUUGUAAAUGAUGGAAAGUGUGCUGUACUGUUUGUUGAGGCAUUUAAGAGAAAGAAUCAAGAAUUGCAACAAUUAUCGAAGUCACAAAUCCCUGCCGAAGUUAAGAGUUGGGCCGAGUUUAUUGGCGGAAGAAAGUGUUAA